AUAGAUAAAUUCUAAUGUAUAUAUUUGCAGGCAUGAUUUAAACAUGAAACUUAAAUGAUGCACAGAUGUUAUAUAGAUGAUAAACAGAUACCAAUAAACUAGGUGAAAGUAGUCUUACACUAUUAUUAUUUCGAAGUUUUGAAGUGAUACGAUGCAGCUUUGCUCGGGUAGAUUAUUUGAACGAAGGACACCAUAAUGGAAAACAUUAAAUUCGAAUAUUCUUACUACGCUUUAGUUUGCGAUCAUUCAAAAGAUGAAAAAGAAGACGAUACAAACUUUCGAACAAAAGAUAUCUUUCGAGAAAGAUUCCUGGAUGCCUUGAAUAAAGAAGGCCUAUCUACAACAAAGGUAAAAGCAGAGAAAAUAAUUUUCAUCAUGGUAUCUUGUUCAUUAGAAAGACUUUAUCAAGAAGCUCAAGCGUUGAGAAUAGAAAUGCCGCUCAAGGGGCUAGUUUUACGUAAUCCUUUGGAAAAGGAAGAUACGAUUAUUUCAAAAAAGAUGAAGAAACUACUUGGAGGUGUUGAAAUAGGGACACAAAUAACAGCCCCUUUUCAAAGUAAGCGUCAAAAAUUAUUUAGAAAUCAGAGUGAUAAAAAUGAUCCCAUUCUUCCGUCUUCAAUAAGAUGUUUGUUGGUACAUAAUAUUAUUACAACGUUAAAUGUUUCGAAAUAUAGGGAAAACGGGGAGUUACCUGAAAAAAUUGAUUUACCAUAUCUAUUAAAAGAAAAAGUGUUCAAAAGUGCUUUCCCUCUCCAUGAUCCAUCAGUUCUGGAGCGUACAAGUCUUUCUGUGAUAAACAUGCAUUCCAAAGAAGGGCAUGAAGUUAAACCAAAGGAAGAUCUUAGACAAGAGAUUGAUAAGAAAUUGAGUAAAUUUUGCAGCAAGCAACCUGUUCAGGAGGUGCGGGAUUAUUUUGGUGAAAAAAUAGCUUUUUACUUUGCAUGGGUGUCGACGUUUACAGCUUCACUUUGGUUUCCAGCAGUUCUUGGUAUCGGCGUUUUCAUAUUCGGAAUCUUUCAGCACAUUGGUGAUAUAAGAAAAAUGGACAUAACACAAUUUAUUAGAUCCACUGGAUAUAACGACUUGACUCCUUUAUUUGCGAUCAUCAUUUGUCUUUGGGGAACUAUAUUUACAGAAGUUUGGAGAAGAAAACAGAUUUCACUCGCAAGACAGUGGCACGUGGACAAUUAUGAGAAUGUAGAGCCUGAUAGACCUUUGUUCCGUGGUACCAAGACACAAAUCAACCCUUUCACUCUACAACCAUUAGUCUAUUACCCAUUUCGAAGGAGAAUGCUGCAUUAUCUUUUCUCUAUUUUAGUCACGGGUAUUAUGGUUUGGGUUGUAAUCAAUAGCGUAAUGAUUGUGAAUUUCAGUUAUUCAGAGUACUUCUGCCCCGAUACUGAGAAUACAGAUAAUGCAUGUGGGUUUUUUCUGUCGACAUUAGUUCCUUUAAUACUCAAUGCUGUAUCCAUUAAGUUUCUAGGAAAGAUUUAUGAGAUCAUAGCAAUCAAACUUACAGACUGGGAAAACCACCAGACUUUAAGCGCACAUAGUGAUCAUCUCAUAAUUAAACUAUUUGUGUUCCAAUUUUUCAACUCCUACACAUCUCUAUUUUACAUGGCUUUAUACAGCAAUAUUAUAGAGCGCUACGACGGCUGGUUUGGAGCUUGCGUUGGAAAGAAAAACUACACCUCUCUUUUAUCAUUCCAGCUUCUAAUUUUAAUACUUUUCGAUCCUCUACCGAAAUUCAUCGUGGACGUUAUUUGGCCGUGUAUAAAACGAUGUUUUCACUGUACUAAAAAUGCUAAAAGAGGGAGCAUUUAUCAGAAGAAGAGAGGGAUUCAACAGUUUUUACUUAGAGAAUUUCGUAAGAGCAAAGACGAAGAUUUCCGAUUGGGCGAGUUUUCUGAAAAGAUGAUUCAGUAUGGUUAUCUCAUGAUGUUUGCAGCUUCAUUUCCUCUAGCUCCUGCGUUAGUGUUAUUGUUUAAUUUAAUUGAUAUUCGAUUUGAUUUUCAAAGAUUACUUUGGUGGUAUAGAAGACCAAUACCAUUCAGGGAUGAUGAUAUAGGUAUUUGGUUCAAAAUUAUAAAUUUCAUUAAUGUAUGUGGCGUCGUGAGUAAUGCAUUUUUGAUCGCCUAUUCUUCAGAAAAGAGCUGCGCAAUACCAGUCAUAACAAAACUGCUUGCUAUUAUCAUUUUUGAACAUUUUGUCUUCCUUUUCAAGUUCCUAAUAUCCACAUUGAUACCAAAUGUCCCAGCCUGGGUUGUCAGCUCGCAUAGAAAAGAACGCUACUUGGUAUCUUAUUUAAUGUCAAACCUUCACGAGUCAGAUGACGAUGAUAAUGACAACGAUGGUGACAAAUGUCCUGAUAAUCCAACAGAAUUUACAGAAAUAUUGAAAAAAGAUGAUAUUAAAAUUGAUGGUCUUUCUGAACAAGAUAGGAUAUUUUGAUGUACUGCAAGAUUUGUACUAAAAGAGAGAAAUGAAUAAAUAUUUAAUGUCAAA